AUGAAUCGUCAACAGAGACCUAACCUCAAAAACGGCGUUGACCUUCAGCUCCAGUCUGCCUUCAACGAUGGCAACUGGGCUGUGGUGAUUCGCCUGGCAGAGAAGCGGGCUAGGACGUUCAAUGAUCAAUACUAUGAGAUUGUCAAAAUCUGUGCCGAAAGUCAACUCGAUGAUCCCAGUUCCAAGUUUGCUGCCAUAACUGCCAUUGACAAGUUUGUCAGAGAGGAAACCAUUGUUAAGGAUGUGGAUGCUCUAGAUCUUCUCGAAUGGGCUGCACAAGGACUCAAUGAGGAGGAGGAAUUUCCUCAGACCUUUGGAAUAUUGAGAGCACGCCUUGUUAAAGCUGCACCAAAGGACAAGAUCGGCGCCAGUCGCUGUUUGGAGUCAUGUCUGUUGCAUUGGGACCUUGUUAGUGCGCAGCAGAUUGCCGCAAUAAUGGACAGAUCCUUUCCUCAGGAUAGGACAUUUAUGUUUUGGAACAUUGUCAUCACACACUUAUUAGCGACCAGCCCUCAAGCACCAUCUGAAAAGAAGAAGCUAUACGGAAUACUCGCUCUGAAACAGAUUCAACGUGCUGCACAAUUGGCCGAACAGGACGCUGCUGCAGAAGGCGAUGCCAAACCACAACCCCGAAGCAUCCAAACAGAAGAAGAAAUCCUACUGUUCUAUGAUGUUACUGAGAAGCAUGGCUCGAAAGAUGACUUUGCCAAGGUCAUCUCCAGUCCUGUAUUCAAUCCUCUUGCACAGUUCCGAAAGGGCAGAAAGGAGAUAUUAUUGAGGACGAUUGCCCAAUACCAGCAACAGCAAGACUUUGAAGCUAUCUUUCAGCUUUGUAAUGAUUGCUUGUCAACCGAGGAUGAGAAUGGCCAACCAAGUCUGUUGGCGGCCGAUUGGAAAGUUUGGCGACACUUUAUUGACGCUGCUGCUCAAAUCAAGACAGUAAAGCCUGACGUCGAGGAAACUGUCCAAAAGCUACUUCUCAAGUUCAUCAAAUCACCAGAUCUACGACCCAUCUACAAGCGCAUCAUCCUCCUGGCACGACUCUCGGCAGCCUUCAACCUUGCCUCAAAUGAUGAAGAUGACAUUACCGACAACGAGCCUGCGUCUUUCCGGCUUAAAGAGUUGAUCAACUACAUAAACGAUCAAGGCGUCAACACUGCUUGCUUCAACGACAUCAAACCUUUUGCCGAAAACCUCGCCCCUUCUGCACUAAAGUACCUUGCCUAUGACUUUACCACCAAAUUGGCUGAAGAAAUGGAGGAUGAGAUCAAGUCAGCAAGGAUACGAAAUCUUUCGUUAAAGCUGCAAUACUUUGCGGCCACAUGUCCCUCUAUGUAUAACACAGUACCUGGUGAAAAGCCGAUGCGUAAAUGCAUUGUCUCUGGUGAUGAGGUCGGGGCCAGCUCACCUGGACCAGCUUUCUCCAAUGUCGCUGCAGCAGCGCUCGAGGUACACAAGUCGUUGGCUGAUCUGACUUCAAAAAGCCCGUCUGUAGAGGCAGAGAUAAGACCUGAAUUGGCUGUUGUUGCUGCCCUUUGUUAUAUCCAGGCUGCAUAUCCCCCCUCAACCGAGAUUUCCAACUUGCCUACCUCUUAUGCUCCUCUCCUUCAAGCAUUGCUGCUGCUCGAACAUCAACUCUCCAUGACCCCGAAACACAGCAUCAUCUCCCUUCUGCUUGUGCAACUACACCUUCGCGUUGGUUCGUCGGCUCGAGCUCGCGAGAUCUGGGAUACGCUGGGAGUCAAGCGAACUAUUAUGGACUCACUCGCACCAAUCUUCUACGACCGACUCUCUACCAUUUCGCCCGCUCUCAUCUCGCCAUCAGAUGAAACAGGCUGGGAGCUCUUGGAGCUACUCAGUUCUCACUUCAAUGCGUCCCUGAAACUAAGAAUGCCCCGGAGAUUGAUCGACGCCUUUGAGUCAGGAAGCUAUAGCAGUGUGGUCGAUAUUCCUGAAUACAUGGAGAACCUACGCUGGGGAUGCACGCGUGUAUUGAGUCUGGUUGAGGAGACGAGGACUGACCGAAUCAUGGGAGAACAGUUUUCAGAGGUCUUGACUGACCCUCGAUUUACUGAAGUGACUGAUGACAAGAAUCUGGUCGAGACCAUCGACUAUGGCUCGUUCCCUUCAUGGGAUUACAGCUCUCAAUCGCCCAUUUAUUCCCGCCUACGAAUUGGGCCUGCGCCAACAAACCGCCGCGCUCACAUGUCGUUGCUAUCCGAGGCUUUCCAUGAACUUUUGAGCUACAAGCCUCCUCCUAUCUACAAGGCUUCCGCUGCCGCUGCUGUCCCCGACCAGAUUUUCGUCCUUGAAACACUCGGUCAGCUGAGCAACUCAUUUAUCAAAUUCUCAAAGGGUUCCAGUGUGGAUUUCACCCCUCAAGAAGCAACAUAUUUCGAAGCAAUGAGCUUGCUGAGCACUCUCGUCCCAUUCACGACUGGCAUCAGCAGAGCCAACCCUAUUCCUGAAGAGUUUGCUCAGAUCACCGAUACAUUAAAGAUCGCCUUGGAUACUCUUAAGCUUGAGCUUGUGGGACUUGCAACUGCCUCAGAACAAAUCACAACUCUUAGCACUUUCCAUUCCCUUGCCAUCCUCCGCGACACCGCCUCGGCGAUUAAGGAUGCUGCGCAAUGGAUAAUCGCCUUUAACGAUCGCGAAAAGGAACGCGACCGCUCUGGCAAGAGCAACUUGCCCAAAGAGGUCAUGGCCCAGAUCAAGGAAUUGGUCACUGUAUCUGAAGCGGCGCUCAAGGAGGGUAAGGACACUGUAGCAACGUUGAAGGAACAGGUCUAUGGAAGAGACUUUGAGCCCGCAGUAAGGAAGUGGAUUUUUGAUGGAGCUGAAAAUGUUUUGGGGAUUGUAGGAGAGGGAGCGACUAAAAAGCUUGUUAAGAGCUGGGAGGCAAACGUUAAGGGCUGGCUUCAGGUUAAGUGGAGUUAG